GAGAAAGAAAUCAAACGUAUCAUAUCAUAUGAAAUUCAGCCAUGUUUUUGACAGCACUACGGCCGUCAGCACGCCGUUAUACGUCGAGGUCUGUUGAUGUUGUGUCCACUGUCCAGCAGAGCUGUAUCAUAUAGAAACGCAGGGAUGCUGAGCUCCGCGUGUGGAAUGCGCGCGUUGUACAGAGCGACAGAGCAGCUUGGAUACAGAGCGUCACAGAGAGCGUGAACGCGCAUAAGACAGAGAGGGGUCGAGAGAGAUGGGCACUGGGCAAUCAAAAACCUCACAGCAUCUCUUUCAUUGCAAAAGCUCCCGUAAUCACGGGGAACCGACAGCGGAGCCGGUAAGCGAUAUGACCACCUUUAGUAGCCGGAAUCAGACGCUGAGAUGCCGACAGAUUAAACUCGAGACUUAAGUGCUAAAGUCAACGCGUUAAAUCGGCAUUUGUUGCCGGAAAACCGAAAUAAAUCACGUCCAAUACGUUUAAAUGGAAAGAGAGAGUUGUUGACUCAUGCAGGGGGAAAACAAUUCAUAGAAGUGAAUUCGUUUUUGUUGUUUCAUUUUCCCCAUUUGCUCUAUGAUGGCAGAAGCUGGCGGUCGUUUCCAAACAAGCUUUUCAACGGACAAAUCCAACUAGACUUCAUUUACGUAGACGUUCUGUUGAUCGAGCGGCGCGCGUAAAAGAUUUCUCACUUUUAAGAUCGUUUCACCUGAAUCUGUUUUAUCUGGGUGUUGUCGGGAGAAACCGUGAAACAUUUCCUGCUGUUCUCGGGCAGGAAUCUUUUGGCUUAUUCCGAGCUCAGGAUGAUGGAAUUGCGCUGAGCAGCGACUGAGAAAACGAGGAAAUACCCACACAUCUCCUAUAUAGCCUACAGACCUCGGAUUUCUGACUGCGGCUCAUUCCCAGAUGGCCAGAUGUUCCUGCUUACACUGAAGCACUGAAGAAGCUCUUUGGAUCAUUCUCAAAUCAUACUAGAGAGCAUGCAUAUCAGGAUCUGCAAUCAUCUGCGUGACCUCUUUAACUGACCCCAUGAGGACGGCUGAGGGAGAUGGAACGUAACAGAUUUUCUUCUUUACUUACUUCGGCAUUACCACGAUAACCCACCAAGGCUGAGCACAACCUCUGCCCCUCAUCCACCCCAACCCUUCCACAGUCCCCCCACUCCUGUCCUCCCUCUUGCUCCAAAACAAAGACCAAAACAAACCAGCAGGAUCACUUUUUCCUAUUUUGUUAUAAUAGUUUUAAUUUCCUUUGUCCUUCACCAAUGAAAAAGCAAAGCAUAGGUCAAUAAACCAGCGAAGUGAACAAGGAGAAAACAAGAUGUAUCUGCCCCAUGCCUGUAAACGUGACUUGGGCCAUGCCCGCAAUUCGGAGGCCAUCCAUGCAAGUACAGUCCUCUGGUUGGCACUGUGGAUCACCUUGACAUCAUGUCAACGCAUUGAUCCGGGCGCUAAAUAUCCCACCGUCACCACAAACUACGGCAAGUUGCGCGGGAUUAAAAAAGAGCUUAACAACGAGAUUUUGGGUCCUGUGGAACAGUACCUUGGCGUCCCCUAUGCCACGGUGCCGAUCGGAGACCGUCGUUUUCAGCCACCUGAAGCUCCUGGGUCCUGGCAGGAAGUGCGGAACGCUACACAGUUCGCCCCUGUUUGCCCACAGAAUGUGCAUGGUGUUUUGCCCGAGAUCAUGCUGCCUGUGUGGUUUACCGAUAACUUAGACGUGGCCGCCACCUACAUUCAGAAUCAGAGCGAAGACUGUCUCUACCUCAACAUCUAUGUGCCCACAGAGGAUGGUCCACUCACAAAAAAACAUGAUGAAUCAACACUGAACCGGCCACGAGAUGAAGACAUCCGUGACCGCAGGAAGAAACCAGUCAUGCUGUUCAUUCACGGCGGCUCUUAUAUGGAAGGAACCGGAAACAUGUUUGACGCCAGUGUUCUUGCGGCAUAUGGGAACGUCAUUGUAGUCACCAUGAACUAUAGGCUGGGAGUUCUGGGUUUUCUUAGCACAGGAGAUCAGUCUGCUAAAGGGAACUAUGGUCUGCUGGAUCAAAUCCAGGCCUUGCGUUGGCUGAAAGAGAAUAUUGGACACUUCGGUGGUGACCCUGAAAGGAUCACUAUCUUUGGCUCUGGGGCUGGAGCAUCUUGUGUCAACCUACUCAUCCUGUCCCACCACUCAGAGGGUCUGUUUCAGAGAGCCAUUGCUCAGAGUGGUACAGCCAUCUCCAGCUGGUCGAUUAGCUACCAGCCCUUGAAGUACACUAAGAUUCUGGCCCGUAAAGUGGGAUGCACAUAUGGGGAGACCGCAGAAAUGGUGGACUGUCUCCGCAGGAAAAAUUUCAGAGAGUUGGUGGAUCAGGACAUCCAGCCGGCCCGCUACCAUAUUGCAUUUGGACCUGUGAUGGACGGAGAUGUUGUGCCAGAUGACCCCGAGAUCCUGAUGCAGCAGGGGGAGUUCUUGAACUACGAUCUUCUGAUUGGUGUAAAUCAAGGGGAGGGGCUGAAGUUUGUGGAUGAUGGGGGCACUGAGAGUGAAGAGGGCAUUUCAGCUGCAGCUUUUGACUACACCAUCUCCAACUUUGUGGAUAACCUCUAUGGAUACCCUAAAGGUAAAGACAUCCUGAGGGAGACUAUUAAGUUCAUGUACACAGACUGGGCAGACCGAGACAAUGGAGAGAUGCGGCGCAAGACUCUCCUGGCAUUAUUCACUGAUCACCAGUGGGUGGCGCCAGCCGUCGCUACUGCCAAGCUCCACGCGGAGUACCAGUCUCCCGUCUACUUCUACACCUUCUAUCACCACUGCCAGACUGAGACUCGACCCGAAUGGGCAGAUGCUGCACACGGAGAUGAGAUCCCAUAUGUGUUUGGUGUGCCCAUGAUUGGAGCAACAGACCUCUUCCCUUGCAACUUUUCCAAAAAUGAUGUCAUGCUUAGCGCUGUGGUGAUGACAUACUGGACCAACUUUGCCAAGACCGGGGAUCCCAACUUGCCUGUUCCUCAGGACACCAAGUUCAUCCACACCAAGCCAAACCGCUUUGAGGAAGUGAUCUGGACCAAGUUCAACUCUAAAGACAAGCAGUAUCUCCACAUUGGCCUGAAGCCUCGCAUCCGGGACAACUACCGAGCAAAUAAGGUUGCCUUCUGGCUGGAACUGGUUCCUCACCUCCACAACCUUCACGAAGAGGUCUUCAGCACGGCCACAACCCGGCUGCCUCCAGGAACUGCCCGUACCCCACACAGGAAGGGACAGGUACCCCGUACGACACGCCAUCCCAUCCCAACCUUCCCUACAGAAUCAGACCCAGAUGGGUCAGAGCCCCCUCGAUUCCCUCCCUUCCCAGGCGACACCCGGGACUACUCUACGGAACUGAGCGUGACGGUAGCUGUUGGCGCAUCGCUCCUCUUCCUCAACAUCCUUGCCUUCGCCGCACUUUACUACAAACGUGACAAACGGCAUGAGAUGCGACAGCACCGCUUAUCCCCGCAACGAGGCAUCCCUGCUAAUGACUUAGCACACAGCCAAGAGGAAGAGAUCAUGUCCCUGCAAAUGAAGCACUCGGAACACGACGCCCACCACGACAUGGAGCCAUUGCGACCGCAUGAUAUUUUACGCCCCGCAUGCCCACCCGACUACACACUGGCACUGAGGCGGGCACCCGACGAUGUUCCACUCAUGACCCCUAAUACUAUCACCAUGAUUCCUAGCACCAUCACCGGCAUGCAACCCCUCCAUGCCUUCAACACAUUCCCUACAUCCACCGGCCACAACAACACCUUACCCCACCCUCACUCCACCACCCGUGUAUAGUAGAGUCCCCGAACGAGAGGACUAGCUCUCAUACAUAUCCAGUUUUCUCUCUCUGUCCACCUUUUCAAGCUCCUAAAUGUAAGAUGCUCUCAGUUCAGCUGCCUAGAGCAGUGACAAUGCAUCCUGUUGGCGUUCUCAUAGACACAGUCAAAGGUUUUGUAGAAGUUGUGCACACUAGAGGAACUCUGUUUAUGGACUCUACGGUGAGCAACAGAUUCGGUUGGCAGUUACUCGUAACUUGCUGUUUGUUUUUCCACAUUGUUCUUGAAGAAAUGGGGUGUCAGUGAUUGACAAUGAUGACAUUUUCCCACUUUUCUUCUUUCACUAAAUUGGCAAAGUGCAGAUUUCAUCCAUCCUUUUUGUCAUUCUCCUUUUGUUAUUCCAUUACCAGCCUAUCACUCUCUGUCCGGAUGUGAUCUGUGUCCUUGGAUUAUGUUUUACAUGAAUCAUAGGGGCAUUCGAUUAAAUGACGGAAGCUGGAUAUGUUGUGUUUACCUGCAGUCCAGUGUCAAGUAUUAAAUCAUACCUUGUAACAAGAGACGAAUUGAGAGAAAAUGACAACGUCUGACAAAAGACGAAAUCAAAAGUGCCAGCCUCCUCUUUCACCUUUUUCUCUCGUUUGUGUCAUUUUAUCACGCAUAUUUGACUUGGCUAUGUGUUGUUUCCUAGGAAGAUUUUUCUAUAUAGAAAUAUAAAGACAAAUAUAUAAAAGAAUGAUAUAAAUAUAUAUUUACAUGGAUUGCUUGGUGGGAUCUAUGCAUGAAAUAUUUUAAAGCACCAAGAAAGACCCUGAGCUGUUAACUUCCACAGCUUAUUUGCAUUUUUUUUGCUUGCUUAAAAUGCAUAC